AUGACUCCUCAACUAGAGAUAUUUAUUAGAGCUUUGUCCCGCUUUUUAGGAUGGGCAUAUAUGCUCUGCUGGUCGGGGUCUUUUUAUCCCCAGCCGAUCACCAACUGGAGACGCAAGUCCACAGUCGGCUUAUCCAUUGAUUUAUCCACCAUCAACCCUCUGGGUUUUGUCUGCUAUGCGAUAUAUACCUCCGCGUUUCUCUACUCUCCCGUCAUAAGAUCACAGUAUGCGGCCCGCCACCCUGCCUCAAUCGAACCCACCGUUCGGUUCAACGAUUUCGCAUUUGCGGCACACGCGGUGGUCAUGUGCAUCAUAAUGUACUCGCAGUUCUGGCCUUUCAUCUGGGGCUUCCACGUUUCCCGCUUCCAAAGAGUCAGUUGGUUAAUGGCUGGAAUAUUCUGGGGGUGUGUCCUGUCUCCUCUGGUGGUUAUCGUGGCCGUGUUGGCACAAAGUCCGGAUGGAGGGUACGAUCCUUCCACUUGGGCGUGGAUUGACGUGAUAUACUCGUUUUCGUACGUCAAACUCCUGAUCACCAUUGUGAAAUAUAUGCCCCAAGUGGCGUUGAACUACAAACGACAAUCUACAGUAGGCUGGAACAUUGGAACUAUCCUUCUGGAUAUGGCUGGUGGUGUACUUUCAAUGCUUCAACUGGUGCUUGACUCCAGCCUUCAAAGUGACUGGAGCGGUAUUACCGGCAACCCAGUCAAGCUACUGCUGGGCAACGUUACAAUCUUCUUCGAUGCAAUCUUCUGCAUCCAGCACUACGUCUUAUACCGAGAUACUCCUGACCUGAAGAGAACAUCUGGUCCGAGCGAGCAAUCGCCCCUCUUGGAUGGACAAGACGAUACUGUGGGAGAUCGAGUAUGA